AUGAUAGUAAUAAAAAUCGUUAUGAUGGAUGCCAUUUCUAUAACUUAAGUUGUGAUAAUUUUUGGAAAGAAUGAAAAAAAGGAGAUUUUUGUAAUUCUUAAAAAGGCUUUGAGGUUGUUUAUAAUUAAUUUAUGUACUGUCAUUUUUGGUAAUGAUCUUUUAGUUGUCAAGAAGAAUGUUAAGGUAAUAAUAUUAUUACGUAUAAUGGAUGCUAUACUUUUAAUUUUACUGCACAAGUUUUUGUGUUGA